AUGGAGAACUCAAGUUCUGUUGUCGACGAUGAUGAUAAACAAGUGUUUAAUACUUUGAUCAACUUGUUACAAAAGUACGUCGAUCGCAUGGAGAAGAGAUGUCGCAAGGCAGACCUAUUGCGAAUGCAACAUCAGUUGUCAAUGUUGGAGAGCAAAACACUCACUGGCACUAACACUGGCAAUGGCAAUGGCAACACAUGUAAUUCAACAUGUACUGGAACACCUAUAAUAUCAAAUGACAUCACUAUUAUAAACAAGUCUAGCAAACUGAUUAGACUUGCAUUCGAAACAUAUAAAGGCACAUUGAAUGAUGAGACGUUAUGUAAUGUGUUUAAGAGAUUCGGAGUAUAUGUUGGCGAGCUGGACUUGUCAAAGUGCGCACACUUCACUAUUGAGGCAUUCAUUGGUAGCAUGCUGCCACUGCUGCCCAAUCUACAGAGCCUGAAGCUGCAGUUCUGCAAACAGCUCAACGGUGACAACCUCACUGCGCUGUUGCAGUUGGCCAAAGAGUCCUGCUCGAUACGUCACCUGAACAUUGGUCACAACCAGCUGAUAUCAGAGGCCACGAUGCUCACGGCCCGCACCAUCCGCCUGAACCCCAACCUGACGUCGCUGUGCCUCACCCACUCCCACAUAUCGGACGCGGACGGCGUUACCCUGCUGCACGGCAUCAAGGACAACGACAGCCUGCGCUCGCUGGACCUGAGCAACAACGCGAUAGCCGACCUCACAAUGCGCGCCCUCUCCGAGCUGAUGGAGCGCGGAUCGACACUGCGCGAGCUCAACCUGUCGACGAACCGCAUCACCAACGUCGGCGUCAUUGAACUGGGCAAGGGCAUGGCGACCAACUCACACAUCGACUGUCUGAUCCUCAGCAACAACUGCUUCCAGGACGACGGUGGAGUCGGCUUUGUCAACAUCCUGGCGACCGACCGCAGCGUGCGUCAUCUGGACAUGUCGGGCAACGACCUCGGUCCAGCCACAUGCGCAGGAUUUGCCCGCGCGCUCCAAGUCAACAGUACAUUGACCUCGCUCAAUCUCAGCCAGACCCGUAUCGGCAUACAGGGCGGCCUGGUACUCGUCCAAUCCCUGGCCUCGAACAAAUCACUACAACACCUCGACCUGAGCAUGAACCAGCUGGACCACACCGUUGGCAUGGCCAUUGGCGAGUCGCUAAAGAGUAACCACACGAUCAAGACUCUGAGUCUGAGGAGGAACCAGCUGGGCGACUCUGCCAAGGCCAUUGGCAAGGCGCUGCAGGUCAAUUCGUCUCUCGCCAGUCUCGACCUGUCGGGCAACCAGAUAGAGCGCAAGGGUGCCAAGGCCAUCGCCUACUCACUGCCGCUGAACAAAACGCUUCAGGAGCUGGACCUCAGCUGCAACAUGAUUGGCGACGACGGUGGACGAUUGAUUGGUGAGUCGCUCGGCGCCAACUCCACAUUAUACAAGCUCAACCUCUCGUCCAACCUUCUCGGCAACGAGUCAUGUCGAUCAAUAUCACAAUCAAUCGUGAGCGCACUUAAAGGAGGCGCCAACACAAACUCAAACAUCAACACAAACUCAGAUAUACACAACCAUUCAAACUCAGUCAAUCAACAUCAAGAUAAACAAGACACAGACGAACUGAUGUCCAACUUGUCGAUAUCAUCGCGAUCAUUGGUCAAGGAGCAGGCCAACUACAAUAGCAGGAGACUGGCCAGACAUAACAUGCUGACGUCGUCGACGCCAAACAUGGACAAGUUCAUGCCGGGCAAGUCCACGCUGUCCAAGCUGUCGCACCUGCUGCUCGACAAGAACCGCAUCGGCGACCCCGGCGCCGUGGCGCUGGCGCAGGUCAUUGCCAACAACUCGCCGAUCCAGGUCAUCUCGCUCAUGUCCAACAUGAUCGGCGAGUUUGGCGGCCAGUCGCUGGGCGACGCGCUCAAGUACAACACCAACCUGUGCGAGCUCAAUCUGGACUCGAACCGCAUCGGGCCCAUUGGCGCACAGGCCAUCUCCAAUGCACUCAAAGUCAACAACACACUGACGCACCUUGGUUUGAGUGGCAAUCACAUCAAAGAUCAAGGCAGUCAGGAGAUCAUCAAAGCACUGGAUUGCAACACAUCACUCAAGUCCAUCUACGUCACUCACAACGACAUGAGUGAAGGUGUACGUGCUGUCGUCGAGGCCAUACCACAGUUCACAGAGGCAUAA